GAGGACAAAUUCACGCCCGCUGACAUUAGGAGGAGGAGCAGAUUGCAAACAGUUGAAGCCGCUAACGUAAAAAGGAAAUCCUACAUAACAACACAGAGGUGGAAGAUGUCUGCCUGCAUUUCUUUCACUCGCAGCGCCGUUGCUUUCCGCAACAGUAGGACGUUGCUGGUACGAUAUGCCCAGACAGCAGCUGCCCCUGCCCCUGAGCCAAAAGUAAAGAAAUUUCAGAUUUACAGAUGGGACCCUGACAGACCUGGUGACAAGCCUCGCAUGCAAACCUACGAGAUUGAUUUGAACACAUGUGGUCCAAUGGUUCUCGACGCACUCAUCAAAAUUAAAAAUGAAAUGGACCCGACACUCACCUUCAGACGCUCAUGUCGAGAGGGUAUCUGUGGCUCAUGUGCUAUGAACAUCAACGGAGGAAACACUUUAGCCUGUUUAAACAAAAUAGAUACAAAUACCAGCAAAGUGACAAAGAUUUACCCCCUGCCUCACAUGUAUGUGGUCAAAGAUCUUGUCCCUGAUAUGAGCAACUUUUAUGCACAGUACAAGUCCAUCGAGCCCUAUUUGAAAAAGAAGGACGAGACAAAGCAGGGAAAAGAGCAGUACCUCCAGUCAAUCGAGGACCGUCAAAAGCUGGAUGGCCUGUAUGAAUGCAUUCUGUGUGCAUGCUGCAGCACUAGUUGUCCUAGCUACUGGUGGAAUGGAGACAAGUACCUUGGUCCAGCUGUGCUCAUGCAGGCGUAUAGGUGGAUGAUUGACUCUCGUGAUGAGUUUACAGAAGAGCGUCUGUCCAAAUUACAGGACCCUUUCUCCCUCUACCGCUGUCACACAAUAAUGAACUGUACAAAGACAUGUCCCAAGGGACUCAAUCCUGGAAAAGCCAUAGCAGAAAUUAAGAAAAUGAUGGCCACUUACAAAGAAAAGAGAUCAUCUGCCAUCUGACUUGUUAAUGCAGGAAAUAGCAUGUACUUAAUGGUUUAAAUUAUUGUGUAAAUGUGUGAAUUAAGCAUGGAGUGGUCGUAAACAUGGGAUGUUUUGUUAUUUGAUGGUGGAGACCUGUAUUUACUGCUAAUGAACAGUGAAUUUACAACUGGACCUGCAUUUCAUUUUCAUUUAAAGUCAUUUGUAGUUACACUGCACAUGAAUAUAUCCAAAUCAGGAACUUGUAAAAAUGGCAUAAUAUUUAACACAUAAUAAUAUUAGUAUUUGUCUUGUGUCCUAUUUUUUCCUUGUGUGGUAGAUUCGUACUGUACACUUAAUGUGCUAUGCUUGCUAUAAAAACAUACAAAUAUCUGCA